AUGGAGGGCAAAGAUUCAAAAUGUAAUCGACGAGGACGUACAAUAAAAAAACCUAAAAAAUAUUGUACUACAGAUUCUGAUAAGCCAACGAGUAAGAAAAUGGCUAACAGUGAAAUAUUUCAAGAAAUGAUAGCAACUUUCAACAAAUAUAAUUCUGAAGAAUCAACUGAUGCACCAAGUCACUCAUCUGAUAAUGAAUAUAAUUUUUCGACUGACAGUGACAACAAUGUUGAAAUGGACAAAAGGUCCCCAAAAAAUACACAAUCGGCCCGGAAAAAAGAAAAUCAAGAUAAACCAAUCGCAAAACCUGACCGGAAAAAAGAAGUAAACCAAGAAAAAACACUAAAACCAACAUCGGAACAGCAACUUAGACACCAUGAAAACAAGUUGAACUCGUCUGGUUGUUCAACACAACAUAAUUUAUUUUCAUUACAAAAUAAUUGUAAUCAAGGAGAUGACGUAAUGCGUACAUCAAAUAAUCAUUCUGUAUACGAUUUCAACGCAGCGGCAGUUGUUGAAACAAGUACUGUUCAAAAAAAUUCUUCAAAAAUUGGAACUUGUAACUACUAUGUUUCUCCAGCUAUUACUUCAAAUAAUGGAUGUAAUAACAGUUGGAGCACUAGCAGCAUGAACACAAAUGCAGCCAGUGUUCCACCCACAGGAACUGUAUUGGAUAAUACACACACACAUUCGCAGUUCUACAACUAUCACAAUAACAAUGAUGGCCAUAUAAGUUAUCCAAAUUCUGAAAAUGCCAUCUUAAAUAACUUGAGGGCAUCGCAAGAAAGUUUCUUCCAAAAAUUUGAGGAAAAAAUGAAUAUGUUUUGGAAGACUCAGGAACGAUAUGUUUCGAAAAAAGUAGACGAUAUGCAAAACUAUUAUGAGCAAAAAAUGAAUGAACUAAAAACCCACUUCAAUACAAAAUUGGAUAAUAUGCAAGUAAACAUGAACGCAAAUAAUAACGAUAGGACUCAUCCAGUAUAUACGCUUCCGGAAGGUUUCCCAUUACAAAAUAUGCAACAAUUUGAAGAGUUCGAGAAAAAUGAACAAAAGCAGGAAGAACUAAUAAAUGAACUUGCAAGCCAUUUUAAGUGGGCCCAGAAAAGUAAUAAGGAAAGCAAUAAAGAAUCGGAAAACGAGGAAAAUGAACCUGCAUCGCACAGGACAUUAUAUGACACACAGCUGAGUAAAAUUAUGUUCCAUACAAAUGAAUUUUUCCACAAAAAUACCGAAGUUGAUAAUCGGCCAAAACAUCCAUCAUUAUUUCAACCAUUUCUAAAGAAGCGACUGAAACAAUCUCGAAUUCCAUUUAAUCCAGUCAAUUUGAAUGACACAAAAAGCGAGUCACCUGAAAAAAAGAUAGGCUGGGAUUGCUGGGAAUGCAGAGAA